CUCUAUGAGCACAGUGGCCCUGGCCUGCCCGGCCCUCCCAGCCACAGCUUCCAGCCCCCCAUGGGCAUCAAGCAGGAGCCUCGGGAUUACUGCAUUGACUCAGAAGUGCCUAACUGCCAGUCCUCAUACCUGCGGGGGGGUGUCUUCUCCAGCAGCCAUGACGGAUUUUCAUAUGAAAAGGACACACGAUUGUAUUUUGAUGACACGUGUGUGGUACCUGAGCGGCUGGAGGGUAAAGUGAAGCAGGAGCCCACCCUGUACCGUGAGGGCCCUCCCUACCAGCGGCGCGGGUCCCUGCAGCUCUGGCAGUUCCUGGUCACCCUCCUGGACGACCCCGCCAAUGCCCACUUCAUCGCCUGGACCGGCCGCGGCAUGGAAUUCAAGCUGAUUGAGCCUGAGGAGGUAGCGCGGCGCUGGGGCAUCCAGAAGAAUCGACCGGCCAUGAACUACGACAAGCUCAGCCGCUCCCUGCGCUACUACUACGAGAAGGGCAUCAUGCAGAAGGUGGCUGGUGAGCGAUAUGUCUAUAAAUUUGUCUGCGACCCCGACGCCCUUUUCUCCAUGGCCUAUCCUGACAAUCAGCGUCCCUUCCUGAAAACGGAGACCGACUGCCCAGUGCCCGAGGAGGAGACGGUGCCGUUGACACACUUCGAGGACAGCCCGGCUUACCUCCUGGAGAUGGAUCCCUGCAGCAGCCUUCCCUACGCGGAGGCCUUCGCUUACUGA